CCUAGCAUUUUCGAUCAGCGCAUAAGUUAGGAAAAAUAAAAUAUUAUUAAAUACCAAGUAAAAAAUGAAGGAAGUCGCGACUUGCAGUGCAAUCCAUGAUAUAUCGGAGUCACAUCAAUGCCGAUUUGUGUUGUCAAAUCCAGAUUGUCUGUCUAAUAUGAAGUUGAUCAACUACUUGAGCUGGCAUUACUGCAAAGUGGACGUCCGGAGCAGUUUCAAUGCCUUCUGGAGUGCACUCGGUAUGACUUUAGUACUAAUCUACGUCUUCUGGAUGAUGCAGUUGGCCAUACAUCACUACUUUUGUCCCACCUUGAAGGUUGUAACAGACUUGUUUCGGCUAAACGAGAGCACGGCUGGAGUUACGAUUCUAGCCAUUGCCAAUGGAUCGCCUGACUUAUUCACGGCCAUUGCCUCGAAUCUGCAGAGCUCCAAGUAUGCCUUCCUUACGUGCAUGUCGCAGACCAUGUUCCUGCACAUCUUUGUCGCCGGUAUGGUGAUCCUGAUCAAGCCAUUCAAUAUAGAACCCAAUUACUACCUAAGGGAUUUCGGCUUCCUGUUCUUGAACACUGCCUACAUGGACUACAUCCACAAGCGUCCUGAUGGAAUAAGUUGGGUGGUAGCCUUGCCCAGUGCAUUCAUAUUUUUGGGAUUCGUUGUGGUGGCCAUUAUCGAUCAGCAUCUCCUGACGGCCCGCAUUCGAAAAUUGGAGAGCAAACGAGUGACUUUAAUUGAGGCAGUGCAACUGGAGGAACUGAAGCCGCAGACGCAGUUGCCGCUGAAGCGCCAGGAAAUCGAUCGAACAUCCAUUCGUCAGGGUAAUCGAAAUCAGGAUAUUUUUAGGCAACUUUGGAACACAGUCGCCGAAUUCGACAUGGAUCGCUUUCGAAGGGGAACCGUUUUGGUGAAGGUCUACCUGGUGGUCAAGCAGCCCAUCGACAUGGUGCUUCGCACUCUUAUCCCAGUGGUGGACAUGGAGAAGCCCAACUACGGAUGGUCCAAGUUGCUCUUUAAUGUGCAUAUAAUUCUGGUCCCCACCUAUAUCUCCUACAUAAUUGUUAGCGGAUAUACCAUUGCGGGCAUUGCCACCUAUCUCAUAAUCCUCUUGAUCACGGUGCCCAUUUCUAUUUUGGUAUUUUUUGUCACGCGCACCGACACUCCGCCCAAAUUCUUCAGGUAUACAUCUGGUCUGGGUUUAAUGGCCACCAUUUUCCUGAUCUUCUGCCUGACCGCUGAGGUGAAUGCCAUGUUCUUUACACUGGCCAUCAUUACGAAAGUGAGCCAGGAAUUUUCGCUGGCAACGGCCGUUUGCUGGGCAUUGACCAGCAACGAUUUGGUGGCCAAUCUAUCGCUGGCUCGUCAGGGAUGGCCUCGCAUGGCAUUCACGGCCACCUUCUCGGCACCUGUGUUUGGAUCCUUUGUGUUUUUGGCCCUGCCUCUGGUUCUUCAGUCGUCCGUAGAGGCGCCCAGUAAUGUUAAAGUUUCGGAGGGCAAAUUCGGAGAGACGGUUUGCAUCUUCGUGGAGGUGGGCAUGUGCUUCUCAAUGCUCUCCGCCCUCACUACAAACUUCAAGAUGCGACGAGCUUGUGGAUUUCUGUUGGUUUUCUACUACCUUUUCUUCCUGGGAGUUCUUAUUCUUUUGGAGAAGGGUGAGAUCCAUGCCUAUGGCGUGUGAACGGCAAGCUAUCCCAAGCUAUCAAAUAUGCAAAUUCCCGAGAUGAUUUAUGCCUCAUUAAAUGACCAAUUCCAUUAUUA